AUGAACAGCCAAGACAGUGGCGUUCAAAAAGUCAGACGGGAAACAUUCUCUUACAAAGCUAUCACCUACUACUUCCAAACAUGUCGUCAUAGAAUGAUAAAGGUCGAUUACACAGUUUCCAAAGGAGAACUACUUUUCGUGUCAAGGAAGAUGGUUAACCAGUUGGUGAACGAUCAGUCAACACUAAGCGAGGCAGAGAGGAAUGACGUGAAGGAAAAAUUCAACCAUGUUGACACGGAUGGUAGCAAAUUUUUAAACGCAGAUGAACUGAAAAGGUUACUAUACCUAUUAAAAGUAUCAAAAACACCAUCGGAAAUGAAAACGUUCAUGGAACAGGCAGAUAAGGAUAAGAACGGCUCUUUAAGUUAUGAAGAAUUUCUAGUAGUUUUCGAAAAACAACCUAAAGAUGACAAAACCUUAAGGGCAGCGUUUGAUGAAAUUGAUACUGAUGGAGAGCUAAGCAUUGACGAGUUCAAACAGAUCAUGGUACAUAAAGGGCAGUAUCGGCUAACUGAAAAAGAGUUCAAGGACUUAAUGACAGAGAUGGGCGCGGGUGGAGUCAUUCGCAGUAAGG